UGGAGCGUAGUGGUUAUCUAUCUAAUCGUUGUGAGAAACCUAGAGGCGCGUGCGGUGCAUGCUGGGAUAUGUAGUCUGCGCCAAGUUUAACACGUCUAGCUUAGGAUCGAUGGGAAACUAAAGGGCCUCAGGUGGACCAGUACCUCCGACCUUGGAGUCUCAGUAAGGUGCUACUCCAGGUGACGUGUCUACUCUGCCCCCAGCGUGUCCUUGGCAACGACAGCUCGCUUUGCCGCCCCCCAGCCGUGGCCGGGGCACCGAAGUCUGCGCCGAUGGGGUCUGAACCUCGAGCCAAAAGGAAAGUGUCAAGUUCCUGAUAGCGCCUGCAGAUGGGACCACUUGCUCCGCCAGGUGAACGAGAGGGUUAAACUCACAGAGACCGUUUGCUGCCACUUCCUAGAAUGGCACGAGCUAGUGGACAUUUCCGUUUCCGGUGCCGGAUUCCUGGGUCCCGAGAGUCUUCAGCUCUGGUUGUGCUUGUGAGUUGAGUGAUUGGUAUCUAGGAAACGGGACGCUCUUCCGGCUAUGGAGUCGCGGGCUCCAGAAACGGCAAGGGAGGACUCCAACGGCGCCGCGCAGGGGGGGAACCGGUUGUCUGGAUCCCAGGAAAUCCCAAGGUCCGCUUUUGUUUGCGGAGUUGUUUCACGCAAGCGGCCCUUGGGGUCGCCGGGGCAGCCGGCCGCCUGGGAAAUGAUGCUGGGCCUGCGGUACCUAGGUAGGUCAGUCUCUGGCCCUGGGGAGAAAGAAACUCCUGCCAAGACCAACUCUCCUGCGGUUCCUGGAGCCUUCGAGUGCCAGCAGUGUGGAUUGACUACCUCCCCGAUCUCAAUCCACCAAAGCAGCCACGGCGGUGAUAAACCCUACUGCUGUCUCCAGCGUAGCAAAAGCUUCCGACGGGGCUCAGAUCUGGUUAAGCAGCACGGGGUACACACCGGCGAGAAACCGUCCCCCUGUCCCCAGUGUGACUGUUGCUUCAGCCUGAGCUCUAACCUCAUGCGACACCGUCACUCUCACUCAGGCCUCCGGCCUCAUAAGUGUCUGGAGUGCGAGGAGCCUGUUGUUGGCCGCAGCUGACACCGGCGGGGCCACAUGGGCGAGAAGCCUGACAGUUGUGCCGAAUGUGGCAAGACUUCCUGUGUUAGCUUCAGCCUGAUCCAGCACCAGCGCACGCGCAUGUGGGAGAAGCCCUACAGCUGCGGGGACUGCGGCAAGCACUUCAGCCUCAGCUCCAACCUGGCGCAGCACCAGCGCUCCCACACCUGUGAGAAGCCCUGCCUCUGUGUCUGGUGUGGUGACCGCUUUGGGUGCAGCUCUUAUCUGCUCAAGCACCAGCGAUCGCACGCGGAGGAGGACAAGAACUUCACCCACAGCUCCGACUGCCUAAGGCACCGACUCACCUACAGUGGAGAGUGACCCUUCAAGUGUCCUGAGUGUGGGCGUGGCUUUAAAGAGCGCACCCAGUUCACCAAGCACCAGCAAGUCCAUGUGAGCGAACGACCCCACGCCUGCCCAGAAUGUGGCAAAACCUCUCCCACAAAUCCAAGCUUCUUAAAUACAGUGCUCGCACACAGGCAAGAAACAAGCGCACCAAACUCAGCUGCAGCGAGAGUUUUGUAGACAGUUCAAAUCUGCUGCGGCACCAACACUCCUGGGCCAGAAACCUUGGGCUUUGAGCCAGUGUGACAGGAGCUUCCGCCAGAGCUCUCCCCUGCUCAUCCACCGGGUGGCGCACCGCGGAGAGAAGCCCUCUGUCUGCUGGGGGCAAGGCCUUUGCCCCCAGCUCCUUACCUGGGCCAGCACAGCGGACGCACCAGGGUGGCAGCCCCUGCCAACACCCCUGGCUUAAGUUGCAGCCCAAACUUCAGCUCUGACUUUGGUGCAGUCCUUCAGGAGACUGAGGGGACCAGAAUUUCUCAGCAGGCCUCUUCUGCUCCUCUGGGGCU